AAGGGCGGGGGAGGGGGAAGCGAGAGGAACAGACACGGGGAUACGGAGGCACCGUGUCGCUGGCCUCUGCGGCAAAUCUGCAGGUUUCGUGUGGCGUGUGCGUGGCACGGAAUCGCGGGGAUUUCACGAUCCCAGAAGUGUGCGUGGCCGGAAGAAAACGUGCUCUCCCGUGAAUUUUUUAGUGCGUAAAACUAAAUCGUGCGUACGGUGUGCAAGUCCUCUCUCUGUAUGUGUAGUACGUGUGCGUGGGAUUGCCUCUCGUGUGCUGUAGCGAAAACUUGGCCAGCUCGGGGGAUGAAGAUCUUCGAUGGCGUGGCGCGGUCGCAGCACUCGAUCUGUAAGAGUAGCAUCCCUUACGAGAUUCGGGGCUAACCAAGGAACAGUUACGGUGGACCGAUGAGGUGGUGGCUCGACCUUAUCCGCGAAAGGUCUCGCGCGACCGAAUUGAUUGAUCGGCCAAGAGGAUAAUAGAAAAGAGCUCGUCGAUGCCAGUCGACGACCUCGCGGACCAGGUGGGGGGUGUCCUCUCGUGAGAACGGGCGAAUACACGUUCACGCGCCGCGAGACUACGCGUGGAGAGGAAGCUGACAAGUGCACCGUGCUGUCUGUCGGUCCGUUUCCACUCUUUUCUGCGGGCUUCGUUUGUUCGUUCAAUCAAUCAAUUACCCGCAAUGUGUCUGUUCGCGUGAUCAGUGUUUGCCCACAUUUAUGUGACUAAUUCUGUUCGGUGCUAACCAUCGUCAAAUUUACAUCUAAGUCAAAAAGAGGUUUUGAUCAAUUGGACAACCUCUCGUUUGGAAGAAGCAUACGUACGUAUAAAUGGAAGGACGAAACUGGUAAAAAGGACGAGAAUACAAGAAAGCAUCAAGAAAAAAGAGAAGUGGAAGAUGAAAUAAGGAGAGAUGGACACGGUGGUGUACAGUGUGCUCUCUCGUGUUUAAUUUUUCAACGAGGCUGCGAGCGACGACGCGAUUGGUCAGAACAGGCCGCGAGGAACGUACGGAUUUUUCGUCGAGUCCGCAGAUUCUCAUGCAAGUACGUGGUAUAAGCGAAUUUGCCGCGGUCGAUGCACUCAAAAGCUCGCUCGGGGGAGUCGAGUGACACGUACACGACACCGCGAGGACCGUGGCACAGUCGAUUCGAGUAAUCGAGCGUCGAAUCGAGCGUCGAACCACAGCCUGGCCGCCCCUUGCCUCUUAACGAACCUGUGUCAACCUAACUACAGAAUUUCUUGCUUAUUAAUCCUGGGGCUGGGGUUGUAAUUGGAAAAGUGGGCCAGCGUGCACGCUCAGCGCGGCUUAAUCAGAAUGAAAUCUAAGAAGUCCCGGGCAACAAUGGCUUUGUGAUGCCCGAAGGAGGACCGUCGGCGAAAUGAAAGCCCCUGAGAAACAAUGGAAGCGUCCACGCAGGCAUGACGGCCCCAUUCAGAUUCGCAGACGGCAUGCUUAGUGGCGGCCAAAGGAGACGCUCAAAUCUCUAAUAGACGAAGGAAGGAUCCACAGGGACGACUAGCAGUAGCCAAAGAGAAACGGACAGUGGCAUGAUAGGGGCAAUGCACCACCCUCUGCGAGGGCGCAUUCUGCUGGCCCUCUUCAUUCUGCUCAGCACAUUCGCGUUGCUCUCUAAAGCGGUCGCGUUUCCGGACUGGACCGACUGUCCUGCUACGUGCCGUUGCAAGUGGACAUCCGGCAAAAAAUCCGCCUUAUGCUACAAUGCUAGCCUAACUUCGCUCCCCGCCAAUUUGGACCCUGACAUGCAGGUCCUCGACCUGUCUGGAAACAAAAUUCCCGCGUUGCAGUCAGAGAUCUUUAAACGUUCCGGCCUAGUGAAUCUGCAGAGGGUCUUCCUGAGGAACGCUGGAAUUUAUAAAAUCCACGCAGACUCAUUCAGAGACAUGAGGAUCUUAGUAGAAAUCGAUCUCUCCGAUAAUCACGUGGAGAUGCUGGAACCAGACACUUUUCUGGGCAACGAAAGACUGAGGAUCCUGAUCUUAAGCGGAAAUCCAUUGGGAAAGCUGAGAAGCCACCAGUUCCCGAUUCUGCAACAUCUGAGGAACUUGGAAUUGCAGAGAUGCUCCUUAUCCGAGAUUCAUGGAGAAGCAUUUGUCCAUCUGACCGGUCUAGAGUCAUUGAGGUUAGACCACAACGAAUUGGAGUAUCUGGAUGUAUCGGUAAUAUCAAGUUUGCCACGUUUGAAAACUCUAACACUGGAUGGUAACCAGUGGAGUUGCGAUUGCAGACUUAGAGACUUCCGAAUCUGGCUGAUCCCUAGCAGACCUAGCAAACUGUACUCCGUACCUCAAGUGUGUUCGUCGCCGAUGAGAUUGGAAGGUCGCAAGUGGGAAGAUGUGAAGCCAGCAGAAUUCGCCUGUGAGCCUGAAGUGUUCGUGUUGGCCAGUAGUAUUCAGGAAGAGACUAAUGGAAACCUGAGCCUGGCCUGCCUAGCCACGGGGGAUCCAGAGCCUGAAGUUUGGUGGCAAUUAAAUGGAGGUCCAGUAAACGCGACCAAAUUAACCGAACAGACUUAUUCGGGAACCUACGUGGCCUACGCGACAUCUGACGUCGAUAUGGCCUACAAUGAGCGAGUCCCAUCGUCCAGUAGACUCACCGAUAGGUGGAACAACUUGACCGUCUACAACGCCAGUGAUGGUGACGCCGGAGAAUACUCUUGUUUUGCCAAAAAUAUCGCCGGUCUGGCCAGGGAUACCGUCAGUGUUGCUAUUCCGCGGGUGUACACGGCACCCACACUCUCCCAGAGCGAUAACUGGUUGCUCUGGGUGACUUUGGCCGGUGGGGGAGCUGCUGCGUUGUGUGUUUCCAUUUCUGCGGUUCUGUUGGCUUUGUGCGUGUGUGGUGGUACUCGACGACAGCGUGCUCGAGAAAAGGUGAAGCUUCAGGGGAGCACUAGUUUUGGUGACCAGGAGAAGAAGCUUCUGGAUCUGUCUGUGACUACCACGACACCUGGAAAUAGCAACGAUCGAGGCAGUGGUCACGGCAGUAUAGUGGAAGCUUGUAGCACGGGUGACCUGGAACUGGCAGAGAGAGGGUCCAUUUGCGACCCCAUGAGCGCUGCCACUGUUACCGUAGAGAGACUACGUCCAGAGGUGAGCAGUGGCUCCGUGACCGCUAUGAGAGCUGUACCGUGCGCCGCCAUGUUCCCACCACCCCCACCAGAAUUCACUAGUGGCGUCCUACCAGCUGGAAUCUUUGGGAACAUCUUUAUCUCCGUGUCAAUGCCCCAGGAUUCUUCCGAUCGUUGUUACCCCGAUCUUUUGGACAUUCCUGUUCAUGGCACUAGCGGUGUGGUGAACAAAACGACUUCGACUCUUCCGGCGGCCAGCAGCGUGUCUAGCUUCGCGACGCUGCCGCGACGAGCGCUGCGAUCCAGCGACCUCUGUUCGCCUUACGACAAUAUGGGGCCCCGCGUAACGGCCAACGGGAGUUCCGCGUUCUCGCUAACGGACGCGGACCUGCGAUUAUCGCCGCCGCCGCCACCUCGAAUUAUACAACCGCCACACGAGUUUGUAUCCCUAUGAGGGAUGUCCUCGUGCGGCCGGCUUUCGAGCAAAUAGUCGGUAUAAUUGUUCAAAGCUCGUCCAUCGCUUUUUUCCCCCUCAAUCCGAAAAACAAACCAUCAUCAUGUUCAGUCACGCGCGUCCUCUUCCCCGUCGAUCUCGUUCGUUGUGUUCGUCGUUGAUAGUACUCCACACGUAUCCGCAUUUUAUACGGUGAGCCGUGGGCCUACCAGGUGAAACACUGGCGAGUGUGUUGUUUCCAUGUAGGAAUUGUAUAACACAAGAAAUUGAGAUGAUGUGUGGUGACCGUUGUACUUUUGGUAAUUUCAUUUUUCUUCUGUGUUGCGUUAUUUGCCAUUCAAUUUGUUGAUUUUUCAAACUGUUAAUGGAUCUUUAUGAAAAGCCAGAAGACCAAUAAUCCUGUUGCCAAAUGUAAAUUAAGGGAAAAAUAGGAGGGACACUUUUGUAUCUCUUGUACUUAUACCGUAAUUGAUGUAAUAUACACGUAAGUUAACAAUUGUUAUCAUCACUUGGUAAGCGAAUGGCUCACAUUUUUAAAUCAUCCGAAAAAUCACUCCUCGAGCGUACAUUGAUUAAGGUUGUAUGCAUACAGGGACCUAGAAAGUUUGUAUCUCGUUGGUAUAUUUAAAAAGACGUCCGGAGGUUAUCGAAAGUAGUAUAAACACAGUUAUGUCUGUCCAACAACCUAUUCGAUUACGUAAGAAGUUGAGUCUCGAAACUGCACGUUCCCCUUACUAUUCACUAAGUUGGCAACACUAGCGCCGCUGAUCAACGUUAGUGCCAAUAAAUCGACGUUCGCCAUUUGGAAUUUAUUAUCGACGAAGCGACCCUUUCUCGUCAAUGAAUGAAAUGCUUUUUGCGCCAAAGAGGACGGUUCAUUUUUGUAAAUAGCUCGAAAGAAAAAGAAAAUGAAGAUUAAACUCGUUCGUUUGCUCAAGUAUCAGAAACGAAAAUACAGAAAGCUAAAGUGAUUUCUGAUGCUAGAACUCGUAAGACUUGUGACUUUUUAUAACGAACAUACACACAUUGUAUAGUCGACCCGAUAUUUUUCGAUGUUGACCGUUUUAGAAGCUCGCUGUGCAUAAUUUUAAGAACUUCAUCCAGCAAUCUAUUCGUUCGGUGUAUAUAAUAUAUUUAUGAUUUCAGUUUAAUGGGUAGCAAUUAUAGUGCUUCCAAUAGAGUGCUGCGGUUAUUUACUUUCCAUCCAGCUCCUCGUUCAUCCAUAUUUUCAUUAAUUGAUAUUUUAUACUUUGAGAAUGUUUAAGUUAUGCAGUGAAUCAGUUUCUUUAUUUAUAACGUCGAUAAUUAUCAUUCCAAACAUCAUUAACUCUUAUCUUUCUUCGUUCCUUAUUCAGACUUUUCAAAUUAUAUUUAUCAAUAUUUUAAGUUCAAGAAGAAGUUUCUCUUAAUCUAGUCUUUGAUCAUUUAAAAACUGUGAAAUAUCUGAUAAACUAUCAAAGAGUUUGACAUAAUGUAACUUCAAGGUACAUUACAUUUGAAAAAUAUAAUAUUAAUUUGUUUAAUUUUGACUACCCUUCCGCAACCCUAACUGUUAAAAAGAUUGUUGAUAUAUUAUGUAUUCUCUAUUUCCUUAAGCACCUGUUACAUCCAAAUUCACUGUCGUUCGCUUUGUUCCUUAGUAUUAACCUAACUUCUCUACUUCACGAGAAUUCUAUUUUUCCAUCAAAUUCCUCUGACAGAUACAUUAAUCUCCUUUUUCGAUUUUCAGAUAUAUUCCACUAAACCAAACCACCGACUUUCUCAAACUGCUAUCAUAGAAACAAUUUUAUCCAGUUCCUAAACGUGUCAGUAAUUCAUAUAUACUACUGCGUCAUUCCUAACCUCUUAAAACUCCUAUGAACAGCUUAAGAAAGCAAUAUCCUUUCCAAUUUUCAGCUAUAUUCCACGGAACCAUCGACUUGCGUCAACGUUCCUCAACCCAUGGAUACAAUCAACUGGACACGUGCAGUUUCUAAGACGAGCCCCCUCGUGUCUGUAUGUUCGCUUGUCUAACUGGCUUGCAUGCUUGGUCGGCGUACAAUGGCUGCUCGCAGAGGAAGCGUGUACAAUGACGAGUGCGUGUGUGAUCGUUUUAGGACGUAAGUUUCUUCUAGUUGCCAAUACCCACGGAUUCCAGUGGUUUGUAAAUAACUAAUGAAAAUAAAAAAAAAGGAAUACGAAGACAAAGGAAAGGACGAAGAAAAAAGGGACAGAAAAAAGAAGGCGAGAAGGAACGAGGUUAUCCUCAGUGGAUGCAGAGAACGAAGUAACGUUAUCUCCCCUAAUCAUUCUCGAGGUGUAUCACUAGUUUGUUACGUACUCUACGUGUGCAGUGUUGGUGGAAUCGAUAUAGUGGCCUCGUAAAAUUGGUCAACCAUUAAAGUUUACAUUAAUAAUUUACAUUAAUAAGAAUUUAGAGUGAAAAUGUAACUCACAAAUGGCUUCUAUAACUUAUUCAGUGUAUUCUAUUCUCAGAGACUUUAAGAAUCAAAGAUUCGAUUGUCAAAAAUUUAAAGACCCGAAGGUUCCGAGAUCCAAUUUUUGAGGAUUUACAAGUUCUUCCAUAAUACGGCCCUGAAUAUGGCCACAUUAUCGUUUUAACUGAGUAAUGAUUUAAUUUCUAAUUGUACUGUUUCGACUCCAUCAACUGUACAUAUUUGUUAUCGCAGUACACGUAUUUAAUAGCGUGGCGAGCGCGUGCCGUGUCGCCGCCAAUUAUGAACACUUUGUCAAUUAAAUAAAACGAUUGAAUUUUA